AUGUCUACCGAAGCUGCUGUUGCUCCCAAGGUUGAGGAGUCCGUCGCCGCUGUUGAGGCUGUCGCCGCUCCCGAGGCCGUCGCUGUCCCCAAGGUCGAGGUUGACGCCGAGGGCGUCCCCGUCGUCGAGGGCAAGACCGCCGAGGAGGUCAAGUCCGAGCUCGAGAAGGCUGUUACCCAGGUCUCGUUCUACUUCUCCGACUCGAACCUCCCCACCGACCAGUUCUUCUUCUCCCUCACUGCCUGCAACGCUGAGGGUUGGGUCCCCAUCAAGACCAUCCUCACCUUCAAGCGCAUGAGGGAUUUCAAGCCCCUCGGCGUCCAGGUCAUUGCCCACGGUAUCCGCGAGGUCAACAAGACCCAGGGCGACGACGCUCUCCUCGCUGUUUCGGAGGACGGCGAGAACGUCCGCCGCUCGCGCCCCCUCGAGCCCAACACCACCAUCUGGGAGCGUUCGGCCUACGUCAAGGGCUUUGGCGAGGGCGACAAGGAGUCCAACGUCCAGGAGCUUAUCGAGGAGUACUUUAAGCAGUUUGGCAAGAUCAACGCCGUCCGCAAGCGUCGUGGUGACCUGCCUGUCCCCAAGGGCAAGCCCGCCGCUGCCGGCAAGGGCAAGGGCGAGUUCAAGGGCUCUGUCUUUAUCGAGUUUGCGUACGAGGCCGACCUGAAGAAGUUCAUUGCCCUCGAGGAGAUUCCCAAGUUUGGCGACGAGGAGAUGCUCAAGAUGACCAAGGACGCCUACGUCCGCAUGAAGGCCAAGGAGAAGGGUAUCGACGAGUCGGAGAUCCAGAAGGGUGGCUCUGGCAAGCCCCGCGUCGGCAACAAGUUCAACGCGUUCCGCGAGAUGGCCAAGGCCAACGCUGGCGGCAGCAUGCAGCUCGCCAAGAUUCCCGCCACCGUCGACGUUGUUGGCACCCCGGCCACCAACACCCGCAACAGCUCCAAGCGCCACCGCGAGGACGACGGCGAGGAGCGUGCUUCCAAGAUCAAGAAGGACGAGCCCCUCACCAUCGAGUACAAGGGUGUCACCCUCGAGGUCGACACCACCACCGGCAAGGUCCUUGACCCCAGCAAGAUCCCCUUCGAGGCCGGUUCGGCCAUCAAGUUCUCUGCCCCCGGUGACGGUGCCGACUGGAAGCUCCUCAAGCAGGCCGUCACCGACGCCGGUCUCACCUCGCCCUUCAUGGCCUUCCCCCCCGGCACCAAGGCCGGCCAGGUCUCCAAGUACGAGGGCGCUGCCGUCACCGACGCCGAGUUUGCCCAGAUCCAGGCCGCCAACAUCACCUACGGUGGCCAGCCCGUCACCUUUGAGCGCAUGAACGACGACGAGACCCGCGAGUUCUGGACCGUCCGCGCCAACUUCCAGGGCGGCGUUGCCGUCAAGCAGCGCGCCGCCGGCGGCUCGGAUAAGCCCCGCUUCGGCGGUGGCCGUGGCGGCGGCCGCGGCGGUCGUGGUCGUGGCGGUGCGAGGGGUCGUGGUGGCCAGCGUGGCCGCGGCGGCAACCGUGACCGCGGCUCGAGGGAUACCGGCGCCAGCUCGGGUCUCCCCCCUACCGUCGGUGCCGUCAAGAGCGAGUAG